CGCGCGAAAUGGCGGACAGCCUCCUUCAACUCAAUCAAGUGGUGCCAAGAACGUAACCCCGGAAUAUUUCAUCAUAAAAUGAUAAAGGAAGAAGAUAAGAAUGAAGUUUUGGGCAGAAUCAUCGAAAAGCUGCAAAAUAGCCCGCUUUUUCUGGACAUGAAAGCAGAUCUGCAGGUAGGCUUUAAUUAUUGGUUCAGUUAUCUAACCCUAAUCACAGCGGCUUCCAAGGGAAUGGGGGAGACUGGCCAGUUUAGGGUGUUAAAGAGAGUAGUUUUACUCUUUUUUUUUUUUUUUUUUUACCAAGGGCAGAGCAUUUUCAAGUUAUGAUGAGUUUCUUACGGCAUAGCAAUUGCAUGUAGUGACAUAUAAUAUACUCAUGCUCACAUAUUUUAUUUACGAGGAAACAAAAAAUGGUUACACACUGGAGUAAAAUGUAAACCAAAAUAACCAUCGAGUGAGGUAGCGAGAGCCUGCCAGUUUGUCAUAUGUUACUUGUAGUCUCACAGAUAUUUUAUUGUCUUGUUUGUGAAAUAAAGCCUCUUGAAUGCAGAGGUCUAAUCCCGCCUGUAAGAUCAGACCUCUUACCGCGGUCUGUUUGGCCUUCGAGCAGGCUGUCGUGUUUGGGUUCCUUGGAGUCCCUUUCCGUGCAUAGCCACCAACAACACCAUCGGCAGCUUCUAAUGGAAAAAGUUACUGAAACUCCUAAUUGAAGGAGUCCUUGCAUGAUUCGCCUCACCAAUUCUCAGUCGGUGAUAAACAGGCUGUUGUGAAGAUGUUGUAAUUGUAAACAUGCAUGAUUUAAUUCAUCCUGACCGAUGUUUCACUGAUAAUUAUUGUUUUGAUUUGAUUUGAUGAUGAUAUAGAAGGAGGUCGCAAAACCUCACGUCCAUGUGACCGACAUGAAGAAGAGCAUUCAAAAUUAUUUGAAAGACUCAGGGUGGGAGGUCAAGCUACAGAAUGCAGUUUAUUUUCAGCUAAAGAGGUAAGGAAGACAGACUUUUUUGCUGCUGAUGUAGACAAAAAUGCAAGUUUGCAAAGAAGAGAAACUUCUAUGCAGCUUCUGUGGGCAAGGCAAACAAUGUCAAACUGUCAUUGCUUCUAUAAAUAAUGAGUGACAACAACAGAUGGCCUGCCAAAGUGAAUUCAGAAAAUGAUGUCCAAAUAUAUUGCAAAACUUUUCCUCCAUAAUCAACCCAAUGCUUAAAUGGCCUGGAAGUUUUUGGGUUGCUUUCCACUUGUUUCUUGAAAUUUUUUUUGUUCAAAAGGCCUGUAUCUGCUUUUUACAUCAAGUUGAAAUGUUUCCUUUUUUUUUCUUUAACUCAGUGUGCUAUUAAUACUGCUUUCUGUCUGAUGACAUUAUUGACACAAGCAGCAACAUCCAACUGUUGGCUUCAGUUUAGCUCAGAUAUUUUGUUUUUAGAUUCUGAUACAUAAUAGUCUUUAUUUAAAAGGUAUAAUACCUUUUAAAGUGCACAUAGUAAGUUUUUAAAAUGAUAUUUCUUUGUAGUUUACCAAUGUCCUCGAUACAAGGCAUUCCUCAGAACCAAGUGAAAGAGCCAUUAGCAUUCAUUCGUAAGGCACAGGUAUUUAUUUAUUUAAUUUUUUUUUGAGAUUGGACAUGGAACUUUAUCUGAAGGUAACCUGCAUUUUGGACAACUGAGAAAUUUUAUAUUCUUGACACAUUUAAUGACUUGCUGAAAAUGCAUUUUGUUUGGACAUUAGUUAGAUUAUAUAGCUAGGAUUAGACCAAUGAGAUCAAGAGCUGUCAAAAAUUUUAUCUUAUUAGAUGAUUUGGUGUUAAGUAUUGCUGAGUAUUUUUGUGAAUCGCACAGCCUUUUUGACAACCCCCUUGUACAUGUACAUGUUAAAUUACAUGUAUAUUUAGUUUCCCUUCUCAUACAUUGUAUGAAUAUGAUUUUUUUUAAUAGAUGAACUGGGAGAAGAGAAUUGUCAAGAGUAUAAACAGCAUGUGCACAGAGCUAUCACUUCCUCUGGCAAGAAAAGUAAAGUAUUUACCACCCUAAGCAUUCUAUGCGGCAAAAUAGUGUGCUAUAUAGUGCCAAACUAAACAUGUUAAGAAAUGGUCAGAAACUGGCAUAGGAUUGAAGUGUAAACUGUCUUUUUGCCUCAACUUUGCAGUGGGUACUUAGUGAUAGACAGAGAGACACUGUUACUAGUUGAACAGUUCUUGAUGUAAUUCUUCACAAUAAUACAAUAAUCAAAAGGGAAGAUGUAAUACAUUAGAAUGUAGAUACAUGGGAGAGUCUUUUGUUAACCUUAAUAGACGUACCUUAUGCUUCAAAAUAUCAACUUUCUUUCAUUCAGAGGUCAGCAGCAGACCAGAGUGUCAUGUCAUCAAAGUUUGAAGUUUUAGGUGGUGAACUGGAUGAAAAACGUAAGUUAAUUGAACAUGGCUUGGUAAGCUCAUUUUUUGCAUUGGUACUGUUUUGUGUAUAAAGUAGUCAACAGAAAUACAAUGAUUAGGUGCUCUUUUUUGUAAUCCAUCUUCAAUGCAGUAUAAUGUCAUACAUGCUCUGUGACUCCAGCUUUUGUAAGAUGUUACCUUUUUCUCUUUUGACUACAGAAAUGGAAAAGAUCAAACCAGUCUAUGCUCCAAAGGACUUCUUUGAGGUGAGGUCUCAGGUGAAUAAGGAUAAGGUAUAUCCAUAUCCACUCAGAAAUCUUUUUAAGAUCUUAUCAAGAUUCUUAAAAGGUUCUUACAGGGAUUCUUACUGAGAUUCUUAGUUGAGAAUAUUGUGAGAUCUUGCAAGAUCUUGUCACAGGAUUCUUACCAUAUUCUUAAAAAAUCUUACAAGAUCUUGUAAGAUUCUACAAUUGUAAAGUAUAUAUGUAAGAUUCCUAUGAGAUUCUUUCAAAAUCCCUAAAGUAUAUAUCACAAGAUCUUGUAAGACUGUUAUCACAAGAUGCCAACAAGAUUUUGAAAGAUCUUACAAGAUCCCCUGACAAGAGUCACUACAGGAUCUAAUCCACUUGAAUAGGUAUAUCAUAUAUGGUAUUAAGUUGGCAUACAAGACUGAUUUGCAAAGCAAUCAGAGCUUUUCCAGAAUUCAAUACACUAAAUGCCAGAGUCACCACAUCCCCUAUAAUGAUUGUUUAUUCUAUUUAUAAAAAUUUUUUAUCAAGCUUUGCUAGCAAAUUUGUGCACUUUUUAUUGCAAUCAUUGUUCUGCCUUCCAGGCCCUGAUAAGUAUAGAAAAUCCAAGCUUUACACCACUUUGCAAGAUCCCAAGGUAUGAAAGAUUUGAAUUGGAGUGCUCAGGAUAACCUCUGUAAUUUGUUAAAUUUGGUCCUUGAUUACAGCUUUCUUUGAUAAAAGCUCUAUAUCUAAAAGUACUAAAUGCAUUUUGAAACAUGAAAUUUAUUUUAUAAUGCUAUUUAGAAUUCUAGAAAUCAGAUUAAACUGGUGUGUUAUAUAACAAUCAGGUCUUGGGAGUUUAAGGGUUAAUGUGGCUGAAAUAUUGUACAUUGCAAUAGUCAGUUAGAUUCAUAUCUGAGAUACUGUGUGUGUGACUCCAUGUUUGAAUCUUUGAAUUGGUAUUUGACAGUUUAUAUUUUAUCCUUUAUUUUGUGACUACAGGUCAAUCAAAGGAUGGGGUUUAAUGAAAGUUCAGCUUUACACCAAAUCCCUUCAAGAUAUGGUGUGUUCUUUCAACUUGUCAUCAACAUCAUUGUUGAUAUUUUCGCUGGUCUUUAUUAUCUGUAGAAGGUUGUUAAUUUUUUUUCAUGAGGCCAGUUGUUCAGACAAUAGACUACCAGUCACUUCAAAACAGUCCCAUGUUGAUUGGGAUAACAUACUUUAUUUGUAAUGAGUAGCUGUAUAGUUUACUUAUGAAAUCUUUUUGUAUGUGUGUUUGCCAGAAAGUUGUCUACAAAGAACUUGACCCAGGAAAUUCUCACAGUGGAGUGGAUGACGCCUUACUUGAAAGUAUCUCAUGUGGUAAGUUGUUUUAAAUUUUUAGAUUUGCACCCUCUCCUUCCUCUCCUCUCCCCUUUCCAUCUGAUUCCCACUUUCUCUCUCUCUUCCUGAUUGUCAUACUUAUCAUUAUUCUCUUUUGCAAUACGUAUCAUUAUUCUCUUUAGCAGUAUGCAGUCGAAACAUUGUGAUCUACAUCACACAUGACUACAUCGUGAGACGAACAAAAAACUUAGCUUUUUAUCGUUAUUCACUGUGAUGAAUAACCACAACCUUUUCUACGAAAUUAUUCUCUUUGCUCCCAAAUUUUAUUUUCUUUCUUAUCCUCAGCCUUCAUCCUCUCAUUCCUCUUGCUUCCUAGCACAUGGCCCUUAAGAGUAUUGCAAGCCUGUAUAUACAGAUGCUACUGACUACACUUUUAAGUGACUUUCAUCUAAUUUCUCCUUACAGUAUCAUCCCUGAAUCACAUAUUUAGGUCAUGAGAAUUAAGGAAAUGAUUACCAACUAAAGAAGCUCUUGAUUGUUGAACAAAUUCUCCUUGUCAGCACCUUAAGAAAUGUAUCUAGGACAGAGUGGAGAAUAUGAAUACUGAUGUUAGGUUGUAAAAGGUUAAUUCAUUCUUACUUGCCUUACUUUUUCUUACUUAUUCCUUUUAAUUAUUUGUCUUCUAGAAUCAUUUUCAACGGAUUGGAACAAGAUUGGAAGGAAAGGUUUGCAAGCAUUUUCUUUUGGGUUGCAUUGUAAAUGGGUUAAUUCACCAAGCUUCAAACAUUUCCAGGAAUUCUUGCCUCUGAUUUUUACUAAUUUACUAUAGUAAACUGAAUUAUCUUUAAGCUUCAUCUUUAUCUAGGUCUUGAUUAAAUCAGAGCUAUUAACUUUUUCAUAAUACACAUACUCUUGUGAGAAAGACUCAUGAUUAUCCUCUCAUCCCAGAAGAAUGAUGAUAUGGCAUUUGAUACACUGGCAACAACUCUUUAAAGAUGUCUUUCAAAUUUGAGAGGGCAAUCUUCAUCACAUACACUAAAAAAAGUCAGUGCACACAAAAUUAGUCCUGAGAGAUUCACCAUGAUUUAAAAUCUUGGAAACCUCUGAGUCCGCUUGCAUCAACAUUUCUUCAAAUAACUCAGAGUUCUGCACAAGCUCCAGUAUAGCUAUACAUGAAUGUGAGCUCAACUUAUUUGUGCAUAUGCAAUUUCACUGCCUUAAAACCAUGUAUGUUGUCCAUAACUGUGCCACACAGCAGAAAAUUAUUACUGAAAGUUAAUCUUCAACAUGGUUUUUUUUUUUAAUAGUAAUUCAACAUGGAAGUGCUCCAGUUGCCCGACAGUAUGCCAAGUAUGGCUGCCCUCCUGGGCUGAGAAGGGAGGUCUGGUGUCUUAUACUGGGGCUGGAGGUUGAUGAUGUGGUAUGUCACUCUCAUGGUCUCAUUAAUAAUUCUCCUGACUAUUUGCCAUACUAUUCUAAUGAUGUUGCAAUGUAGUUCAGAGAAUUUGAUAUUGGAUCAAUUUAUAAUCCCUUAAUUUAUAUUUUUGUUAGCCUCAUUGCUUGUCUGCUUGAUAUUGUAAGGAGAGGUUCUAUCUUGGUCACUCACAGGAGUUGAAGGGUUACUGUACAUGUAAAUAAUUAAUUAUAAAUGCUAAUGACAGGCAAACUUCAAUGAAUAGACCUCUCGUGGUGUGUAGCGCUCAAUGACUUGGUUUGGUGUCACUAAGAUUGCAGAUGUCAUUUUGAUGUCUUGAUUCUUUUGACCUAACCAUGCCAUGGUAGGGCCUAGAAGUCCAUACCUGUGGUUACUGUUCUGGACUUAUCUUUGCUCUCUGUAAUAUGAAGUAACUAGUGUUGCAUCUCCUUAAUGGGAUGUUUAUACUUGUCAUAUUAUCUCUAAACCAUUUGCUAGGCUUCCCAGACCAGUUUUAAAUACCCAUUUAGGUAUUAUACACGCAUUUUUGACUGGUUCUUACUCAUGAUCUAUCGGAGGACAGAUGCAUAGGUGACGUCAUUAUUCACAACAUGUCGCCUUUGUAGAUCACAGAUGACGUCAAAAUGUGUUAAGAAGAUCAGUGACACACUUGGCUGCACCUCGUGUGUUCUUAUUACAUUUGACGUCAUUUGUGAUCUAUUGUUCACCAGAAGAGACGCGCGGCAACAUGGAACAUAUUUGUUAAUUAUACUCCUGGGUCACCACCUACGGUGUAGAGGAGACGUGGGGGAGUAAAGUGUUUUGUCUGAGAAUGCCACGGUAAAAAGGCUUUUUUUUCGAAAGGUGGAUAACGCUAUCCACUGGAUAAAUCUCUAUCCGGUGGGUAGCGCAGUAAGUUUUGUUAACACUCAUCCGCUUGACAGUGAUUUAUCCGUAGGAUAGCUUUAUGCGUACUUUGAACGACUGGACUCAGAGCUUUUGAUCCGGAGCCCAGAGAUCUAUUUGCUAGUCCUAAGGCCAUCGCGAGAUUGGUAUUAGUUCAGUUGUUUGUUUUGUUUUCGUCUGUUUAAUGUGUUUAUUUUUGUUUGUAGGACCUGUUAUAUUUCCAGCAGCUAAAACAAUAUGUUAUCGAGUAUGAUAUGCUGGUUGACAGCCUGAUAACGAAGGUAACAUGAUCGUAAACCUCAUUCAAUGACAAUGCCUUUUGUUUAUGUCAAUCAAUCAAUCAAUCAAUCAGCCAACAACGAUGGCCUUAUGUGUCACUAACAGUGUAUUUGUUGUUUCCUACACACAUCGAGCAUUAUUUCUGCCAAGCGUAGGAUUUGUUACGUCAAUGCAUUCAGAAAUAAGGAAAUAACCUUGUGUCUAGUGCUGGAGCUGACAAGUGGGCUCGCGAAAAACAGUUGGGGUUACCUAGCCGUUUCUCUGUAGCCGCUAUUUCUUUCUCGUCUGCCCAUAAGCUUAUCUAGACUGACUUAGAGCUUGUAGCUGAUUACGAAGAAGUGAAUGGAAAAGUGCCGCACUCAUUAAAUACAAAUUUUUAUUCAUUACAUCAACUGGAAAAAGAGCUUUUUACAUUAAAGUUUUCAUCGAAGAGUGAAUGCCCUCAUUGUACAUUUUACCUUUUUACAAAUUUUUGAAACUUCUUUUUUGCUUUUUGUUGGUUUUUGUAGCUUUUUAAUUCAGCUGGGUACAUGUAUUAUACUCAAAUAUAUUUGAUAGGAAAUAUUCUUGCAACGUGUUGAGAAUAGUGCUCUGAUUGAUAUUUAAAGAUAUGUUAAUCAAUUAUCAGAAAGUUGUUGCACACUUUAUAAUUGUUUUUCUUAUUUUGUUUUUGAACUUAAAGUUUUUUUUGUCUAAUGAGAAAGUAUAACGUUGUAGGUCAAAGCAUUGCACAGAGAGCAAUGAUACUUAUCUAAACUGAGAGUCAUUUAAAAUCACUAUAUACACGAAAAUUAUUCUGAAUCUGAGCCAUAAUAAAAUUCUUCGUCGAAUAAUUCUUCGUCUGUGGGAACGAUGUCCUCGUAGAAAUCAACUUUCUCCGAUACAGGUGGGCCUGUUCCAAACCGUAGCGACAUCACCAUUUUUUUCCAUCGCGGUACAACUUGAAGUAUCUUAACGAAAGAACGGUAUGUAAAGUAGGUAAAAACGACUGCAGUACCUCCGAAUGUGAGAAUCGGAAUCAGAAUUGAAAGGAACGGGAUCGUAGACACCAAGAUGACACCAAGGAAUACUGCUGAGGCAGUAGUGAAUAUGACGAUCAGCGAGACGGAAAGAAACGUCAGGAAAACGAACAUUGGUAAGAAACCAAGAACUAAUACAAUUGCCAAGAACAUUGCAAUGACUGGGUGUCUUUCGGCAAAAUCUUUUACUCGUCGAAUUCUUCCCAAGACUUGGCAUUGAAGGUCCUCUGCGCGUUUUUCCACAGCUCGAAGACUGGCAGAAGGGAACCAAUUUGGCAAGAGGAAGUCAACAUUCUCGACCUCAAUCAUUGCGAGUGAGCCACCCCUGUUGAAAAUAAAAAGAGACACCGUUAGAGUGUUAAUGUUUAAGGAACCUUGACGUUUUUUGAGGAACUACGUAUUUCGAUGGCUGACAGCUGUUUUUCCUUGGAGCGCCUUUCUACUAAAUGUCAUAAAACCAAGCAUACUGUUCACCAUUUACUGCGUAAAUUGCAUGUAGCACUCGGGCGUGGAUCAUUCUUCACUUAUUAGCAAACCGUAGAAAGCACCGGGAAAAUGCGAAUGGUUAUUUUCAGCUUUGUGGGUGGAGCACGUUUUUGUCAUAGAUCGUGAAGCGUAGCCUAACAAGGUACAAUCAUUUGUCAACAACUGUCUGGGAAGAAUUCUGAAACUGAUAACUUGGUCAGACAGACUGAAAAAAAGAAAAGGUAUGGGAGAGAUCAGGUCAGGUGACCAUUCAAAUACAAAUCAGUCAGAGGAAAUAAAGAUGGAUAGGCUACACCUUGAGGAAACAUCUUGACAGUGUUACCAGGCAACCCUUGAAAUAGAAUCCCCAGUGAAAACAGAGACGAAGACGCGCAAAAACACCUAGCGACGAGAUGUUCAGGCUGUGAUGAAGAAUUGGGGCCAAACCUGGAACACACAAGAUAGCCCAGGGGCCAAACCUGGACCACACUCGAAAGCUAGUCCAGGAUAGGACGAAUCGGAGGAGGAGAGAGAUCAUCGAUGGCCUAUACUUCAGGAGGCGCCAAGGGCAUAACUGACUAGCGUAGUAGAACAAUACCACCGUAAAUUACUUUCUACACUUAGUUGAGAUCGUUCCAAUCAAGCGUUGGUGCAGUGUAACUCUAUUCCUUCUUACCUGCGCUUGGGAACCACAAUUAAAUUGGCUUACAAUAUGCGAAAAAAACCUGUUUCCAACUGGCUCUAUUCAGCACGUGAAAAAAUCUAACUAUUAGUGUGAAGUCUUUCUUGUCAAACCUUCGAACGGUAAACGAUGACUUCGUUAUAAUUGUUACGUGUGUAUUACAAUUCAGACCGUCAGGCCUUGCGUUGCGCACGCGUCGAUUUGUCUUCGAUAUUAUGCUCUUUAUCGUACAGUCUCUAAGGUAAAUCUGUUCAUGAAAAGGCGCACUGUUAAGAAGAAAGUACCUGACUGGCGUGUAGUGCAAUUAGCGCGCGCGCUGAGACAUUUAACGUUAAUCAGUUCGUAAGCAAGUUACGCGUAAGAUUUCUCGUGUGUGUGUUUUCGCAGUUUUAGUCGCAUUUGGGAGAUUUUCGUUACCGCUUGUGUUUUUUCAGUUUUAGUCGCAUUUAGGAGAUUUUCGUUAUCGCUUCCGAACACGCAGAAAUAUUUCAAGUUCUCUCGUGCUCCAUAAAAUUCACGCAUUGGGUUCUUAUACGUUCGAUCCUAAAAUACUUUUUACACCAGUUACAAAUAAGCUCAGUUCUCGCUCUCAUCGCCUUUUUCGGGCCUGAUUUCUAAUUUUUCCGCCCCGCACUUGUUACUGGUUACACGUUUUCACUCCACGGCGUGUUCUGGAUUUCCGAAUGGCAUACUCACCCAUCUCCAUUCAUUUAGACCACGAGCAGUCCCUCUUUCUUGACGCAGUGCAGCGCGCGAGUCAAAGAACAAAAAAGGAAAAAAUGUGAAAAAUAAAAAGAGAUGUUAAUGCGCUGCUCGUAACUCGUAGUCUCGUAGUGUACCCUUCAUUAUGUGCCAGGUGCGUGUUUCAUCACAUGCAGCGCCGGUAGUUAUCGGUCAUUCUGUAAACUUUGUUUUCGUGGUUUUUUUGUUGAUCUUGUUCUUGUGACACAAAAAAAUUUCAAACGUUAAGGUCGUGAGAAUUAAGUAAAAUGAUCACGAACUUAUACAGCUCUUGAUCGUCAAACAAAUUCUCUUUGUCAAUCAAGAGCUGUAUCCACUGAAGGGCGAAUAUGUAGUUUGAAAUAUUUACUCAGUCUUCAUUACUGUUCCUUAUCUUUACAGGACAUCAAGCUCACAUCCUCGAACGAUGAUGAUUACUUUGUGUUUGAAGAUGUUCUGUGCCAAGUAAGUGUAGUGUUUGAAAAUGCACAAUUGUGUUGAUGUUGAGAUUUUAGGCGAGCUGUUGAUUUGAUGAAAUUGAAUUUUUUUUUCAGGCUCUUCUUGUUUUCAGUCGAGAUACGUCCAUCCUGGAGCAUUUCGAGCAUUCCAGUGCCACGCCCCCAAAAUCUUACAUUCGAGGUAAUUUGUUCGUCAAGCGUAGAUUUCUAUGAGAAAAAAUUGACCAGCUUAAUUUUGUUGGAGUUUGUCCUGGUUUCCUCGAACAUGAAACCACAAAAAGUGUUCCUUCUUCCCUAUGAUAGGAUGCUUGAAGAUCGCUUUGCUACAACAACAAUUCUCGUGUGAAAAAAACAUCUGUGCUUUCUUUUCUUCCAGGCAAACUGGGUGUUCAAGACUAUGCUGUCGUUUAUCCCCCAAAUGGUAGGUGUAACUUCACAAAAAUGCUGCAAGGCUCAAAGAGAAAGAGCUACAAUCUUACAAAAUUAAGUUAACGUAUCGAGUUGAUCGUGAAGAUUUGCCACAGGCACCCUUUUUAGACAGAGAGGGGUGUCCUGCGCGAACGUCUGCGUGAGCUCGAAUACUUUUUCGUUACUGUGUCAAGAAGCUAGACCGUUUCACUCAUUUUUUUUAUAUUUCAUGUUUUCUUCGUUGCAAAAUGGAAAAAAUAUUCUUCAUAACGCCACAUGACUACACUACAAGUACCACGUUUUUCAUUACCUUCUUGUUUCUCCAUCAACAGGUAUCAUACCCUUCCACGGCUUUUCUAUGUAUGGUGAGCUCAUUACUUCUUUUUUCUUAUCGGAAAAAAAACCUAAAACUUCGAAGAAAUAUUCAAAACUUAUCCCGCUUUCCGUUGCACGAAGCGAUUUGGAGCAUUGCUAUUCUACCUAGAUCUAUGACGAUUCGUCGAUAAUCAUUCAUACUCCUGGAUGGAGAGAGUCUCGGUGAGAGUAAAUUGGCUUACCCAACAACGCAACGCAACGCAACGCAACGACCUGGCCAUGGCUCAAACCCAGGCCUUUUGAUCUAAAGAUCAGUGCGCUGAUAGGGCCGCUGACCAGAGGGUCGCUGCGUCUAUCACUUCUGGUGAUCCGUAUGGAAAGCACCAAGUAACAUUGCUUCAAACCACGUGAGCCCUCAACGUUCGUAUUCCUAACCCAAACCGCCGGAAUAUCGCGGGUUCACAUGGUUUGUAGCAAUGUUACGUAGCGCUUUCCAAUCCAUUCGAACAAAAAUGAAGCUUUUUUUUCUCAAACCUUAAUCGUUGGUACUUGAAAUUAAACGAUUUACUUCCUGGCACCGUUGACCUGCUCUUUAUUUUAUUUCAUAGCGUCUCCUCUAGGUUAUAUUUGUGCUGAAGCUCCACAACUUUACUUUCUCUUUCGACGAAUUUACACCAGGUGAGAAUUGAGUUUAUCUCGAUGGAGGACCUGUGGACAUGUUUUGAUUUAGAUUUGGAAUUUUAUGGCACCUGUUUGAAAAUCAUAGUUUUUUUUUUUGUACUUGAGAUGAAAUUUCCCUCGUGCGAACUUAAUAUUAAUAGUUUCGUACAAGUUCAAGUUUACCGAAACGUUUUUAAUUUUUUUGUAGAUACUUUUUUCGUCUUCACGGCAUGUCCUCGCACCCUCAGGUAAUGUAGUGUGUGUAAUCUGUUACAACCGAUGUAAUAAAGCAACUAUGUGGUGCUGUAGCACUAACUGCAUAGUCAUUAGUUAUCAGAGGUAUACCGUGGGGCAUAUCAAAUCAAUGCUCUUCUUGAAGGACAGCAUACGUGGCUAAUUUGCGCGGGAAAUACUGAUCUGAAGUUUUGACAUACGCAACCCUUCUUGAUGUGAAAUAUAGCUAUAUCAAGUACGUAGUUCGCAAUUGCUGCACAGCCUUUUGAUUGGGUGGUAUGUUUCUGAAAUACGAAAGAUAAUUUCUGCAAUUUAGUAGAUUUUAACCUCUUCUUUUAUUAUUUUACAGGGAAUUAUGUCACUGUGUGUGUUGUUCGAAAAUCUUCUUCAAACUCACGAGCCUGCCCUGUUUUACCAUUUAAAAGAAGUUGGUGCUCACCCGUAAGUACGGAGCCAUGUCAGGUUUUCCUAUCUUUUUUUUUCUUUUUAAUAAGGCACGGGAAUAGUUGUGAUUUUCAGUCUCUGUUUGGUUUUUUUCAGGCUCCGUUUAGUCUUUAACUGGUUAAUAUACGCAUUUGCUGGUUAUUUGGAGACAGAGCAGGUACAAAAUGGAAACAAUCAUUUUUAUCUGUUAUCGUAGUAGUGAUUGUUGUUUUUGUUGUUUUUAUUUUUGUUCCUGUUGUUAUUCUUUACGUUGUAGAUGUUGACUGUUUUCUUGUUGUUGAUGUUGUUGUUUUUGGUUUUCUUUUCGUGGUGGUUAUCAGUGAUGUCAAUGAUGCCCUCAAACUCCUAAGAGUGACUAGUAUCUAAUUUAUCCAUGCAAUAUCACCCCUGGAUCAAACGUUAAGGUUGCGACAAUGAAAAAAAGAAGCUCUUGAUUAUUAAACAAAUUCUACUUUUCGUCAGCACCGUUUCAUGAUGUUUUGAUGUGAUUAUGUUACACAGCAACAUUAGCUGUCGAGCUUCUACCCCGCUAUCAUAUUGUUAUCUUCAGUACAACUAUUUCUUAAAGAGAUUCAAAUUUUUAAACCAAGCGCUAAAUUAGCUCAGGAAUUUUGGCUUUUCUGCACAAUUUGAAUGCGUUCGACAUCACUUUUGUUACAUUUUUGUGCUGGAAUUCAAAUUGUGACCGUCAAUAAACAAGUGAUUCAUCUGUGGUCUUGUCAACAGCUGCUCCUUUUGUGGGACAGGAUAUUUGCUUACGACUCAAUGGAGUUAUUAGCAGGUAUGGCGACUUCUUAAAACACAGUAUAUCACUGAUGUAGUUUAGUUACUAAAGAGGAAUUGUGAGCCUCAAGAAUUCUAUAGAUUAAAACAAUUAAGUGUAUGGCGGCAGACAUGAAAAUGCUUAAGCACAACUAAAAGUCAGUUUAGCCCGAACCGCUGGGCGAGGAUUAAAAUGACAUAUUUAUGCUCAAUGACAUGAAUUAUAUUACUAUUAUUGCUAUUUUUGAGGGCAUUAAGAAAAUACACUGAAAAAAUGGCAACUAAACAUUCUGAACUAUCAUGCGAGCGCUUGCAGGCUUAAAGCCAAAAUCUCCUCCAUUUUAGCCCCCAAAGUGCGCCACAACCCCCGGAAAAGUGAUGAUAAUUGUGGCUGAGACGGCCCAUGGUGUGAAACGCUUAGAAGUGGGGGAGGUGGAAGGCUAUUUGUGAUAGGCGUAGAUGAGCAGUACUCCAUGUCCUUUCAUGCUUCAGAGUUCGGGAUACACAACGGCGUGAAUGAGCCACUAUUCCUGUUUAAGCUGACAAACGCAGAAACGACAGACCACGUUUAAAACCUCUUCGCAAGUUGUGGGAGAAAUUACUGGGAACCUCUAAAUCUUUGUUUGAUUUCCUUUCAGUUCUCGCCAUGGCAGUCCUGUCCUAUCGUCGCGCAAAUCUCUUGGAAGUCACUAGCCUACAGGCAGCUCAGGUUUGUAUGCUCAUAUUGUGAACUCUCUCCACUAAAUGACUUACAUUUCGUUGAUAUGAGAAUUUUAAAUUACGACGUGUUUUCUAUAUUUCUGUAAAGAAAUUUUGUGAUAACAGAUUUGUUCAUCGGCGAAGGUAGGGCACACGGAAAUCUGGAACAUAAGAUAGCGGAGGGAAAAUAGAGUUGGGAAGGCAAGAGAUCACAGAGUAGAAGUGAAAUUGCUCCCAAGAUCUGUUUGUUAAUUCUCCCCUCUAAAUGGCACACAUUUCCCUCUAAAUUAGCUACGAGAAUUUGGUGUUGGAUCAAGAUAACAAAAUCUACUUGAUACGUUUGAGCAUUCUCAUUAUCUGUUUACUGGAUAAUGUAUGGAUGUUAUAGGGAGAAGAUACAUGUUUAUCAUUAUUGGGAGCUUAGGGUUAUUCUUCACUCAUUCCAGCACUCAAACUGGAACUUCAGUAACGCUUGAAACUGUUCGUAAACGAGUGACAAUUUUUAUUAACGGUGUGGACUAUUAAUAGUUGUAUAAGGUGGUUUAAUGAUGAUGCAUUUUGUAUUUAUUCUUUCUUCGUUUCUCGUUACAGACGGUGCUAGCUGAUAUUUCCACGUUAAACUCCAUUGCUUUACUGCAAUACGUGUUAUUUCUUAAAUAAUGACUCAAUACUGCUCCUUGACUAUCGAGAUUAUAGACAAUGCGGAAGCUUGUAAACCUAGAUGGUAAACCGCUUGUUGUCCGUAGCGUGCCGCCUCCUCAGAACUGGUCCUUUCCUAACAACCUAGGAAACCUCGCCCGUCGUGUUACUGUUAAUGUUUGCUGGGAAACAGCUUCCCACGCCUCGCCAGCUGUAGUCUUUUCCCACCAAAAAUUGCCCCAUCCGUCACAGUUCUGAUCAGGCCUAUCUCUGAGUCCCAGGACUCCUCCUGUUUUGAGAGAAGUUCAGCGAUCUUCUGGGCUCUUGUAAAUGACGUUUAAAGUGUAGAAGCGAGUGAACUACGUUGCAUCAUCAUCCAAGUAGGACCUCUUGAACGUUCUGCAUUCCUUUCUAGCUUAUGACGAUGACGUUUCUUUCCAUAUGUUAUAAGACAUUGUAUAUAAACAAGGGAAAUACUAUUUUCUCUUUAUAUAAAUUAUUGUUGAUAAUGCAGUUCAAGAAGAAAACAACUUGAACUCGUUCGUAAAAGUACUUUUUAAACUGUACAUUACAACUCGUUUGUAAAUUGAAUGUGUAUUUAUAUCUUCGUUACAUUGAUUGAAAUGUAUAAGGAACCUUUAUUUUCGCGAUAUUAAAGGGUCUCUUUUUAUCUUCCUACUGCUUUAAAGACGAAAACUGACAGCCACCUAAAUGGAAAGUUCAUUUAUAAAUUUAUCUGUGCAAGAGAAAUUAAUCAUUUCCUAACCACAAACUAAGAGCACUUUUUAGCAUACUCUUCCUACUAAAAUUUACAUGUCCAGGUGAAUGCUAGAAUAUAAUUGAACUUUUACCACGAACGCUCUAAUAAGCUCUUAAAGGACAUGGUUAGCUAUAGAGCAUCUAGACUGGGGAGCUGAUAGUGUAGGUGCUCAUUAAAAAGGGGGCGGGAAAGAUUUAUUAGAGCGUUCUUGGUAAAUCUUCUGGGGAGAUAAAAUGUGCGAUGGGUUCCCUAAAAAAAAAAGGAUUGAUUGAAAAUUCAUUUCUUCUCCAUCAACGAAAGCCUCGCGUUACUUGAUUAGGAUUUUUUUAAACACAUUGUUUGCACGGCGCGAGUGUUUUUGUUCCUUAGGUAAAUCAAAAACAAAGAGUUAAUCCAGGUUCUGUUUCAACUGUUUGUUUCUCUUGUAAAAGGUUGAGGGGUCAAUAUUGUAUUUCAAUACUUGACAACCAAUUCUGUUCGGGCAUAGAUGCUGAACGCAUAGCAACACAAUUUCAGAUUUUUCGUCGUGCGCCUCAGACUUCUGUAUUUCCAGCAAAAGAGCAAUUCUUUUCAUCACAAACGCGUUGAAUUCUUGGUAGACGGAGGUAUUAUUUUACCACCCAGAGGAUCUUUGGAUCGUCAACAUUUUGAGCUGUAAAGAAUCACAAAGCGCGAGGAAUUAGCAUUCCUAUCGAUUGAAUCAUUUGGUUGAGUCUGGCGUGUUUCUAUUCCUGCUAACGCCGCUAUGAGUAGUGUAACGACACCAGGCGUAGGUAAGUUCAGUGUUGUUGGAUAGUAACUUCGCCUAUUAUUUUCACGGACCCAAAAACUGAGGGAAUCACCAAACGAGUGAAAUCUUGCCCGAGCGUGAAAGAGAUGACCGUCAACAGAUUAAUUUUUAAGUCAGGCCAUUUCUCUGAGUGGAAUUAACAUGUUUUCAUAUUUUACUUACCACUAAUUUGCUCGAAAGAAAGGAAACUUGUAUUUAAGUGCUAAGAUGCAACUUGCUUUGGCUUCCAAAGAGUUAAUUUGUUAUUUCGCAUUAAUCAAGUAUGACACGAUGUAAACAGUCAACCAAAAUUUCUAUUUAACCCUUUGCACUCUAGCAUGAGUAUUUAUAUUCUCCCAACUUUUCUCCAUAUUUCCUUUGGUACUGACAAGAAGAAUUUGAGUGAAAAUCAGGGGCUUCUUGAAUUGGUGAUAAUUUCCUUUAUUUUCAUGACCUUUACAUUUGAUUAGGGUGAUAACUUAAAGAGAAAUAGAAGUCAGUCACUCUUACGGGUUAAGGUUUAAUUCUAAUUUUCUAAGCAAUGCAAAUUUGCGCAUCGAAUCUAAAAGCCGUCAAGAUUGAGCAAUUCCAUUCAGUCCAAUCAUACCAAAGAGAUCCAGUUCACACUCAUGUAAAGGAAUUGUAAUACUUUGUUGUCUAUAUGCAUUAUAGAAUCAUCAUUUGAAAGUUCCAAGGACAGCUCACGUUCUCUUCCAUCCGCCUUUUUAUCAACAUACAACAGGGAAUAUAAAGGUUCUUUUGGUCCACCAGCGCCAGAUGCAAGGUAAAAUUUUCCUGAUGGCGGCAUGCACAACACAGAUCGUUUGGUUAUAAAUCACUUAACUAGCAGCCCAUAAGCGUUUUGCACAAAACAAAUUAAAGUCAUAAGUGGCUUCUAUUUAUUCCCUCUUCAAAAGUAAACGAAAGGGAAAAUGGAAAUUUCUUUAAAUUAACUUCUCCAGUUUCCUCUCUCUCGCCAAGUCUGACCUGGCGUAAGUAAUUUAGUUUUGUUUGCCUAUUGUUUCGACAAAUGACAGUUACAGAAAAUUCCUCUGGCUUUGAUCUCUUAGCUAUUGAGUUUCUGUUCUCUUUUAUUCUCCUCAUCCAUUCUAAUUUUGAACCUUUUUAUCAAUGAAAAUUCUUUUCUCACAACUUUUUAGAGUGCGAACUUCGCGUUUCUACCCUCCAGGACAACCAUCAGUUGACUCCACGUAUAGGACCGAUUUCCUAAGUCACCAGGGAAAACCUACAAUUAAAAUGCCUUAUGGAACAUCCUCUGGAGACAGGAGCAAUAACCCUCACCCUCAUAAUAUGGAGCAGGUGUUCGCACAUCCGAUUAAAGUAAGUAAAGUAAACUGAAGCAAAUUUGAUAAAUUAUUCCCUGUGAUUGGUCUCGCAAACUUACACUGUUCCCUCGAACAGUCAGAUGCAAAAACCAAAACCUAUCGCCACCAGGUCACUCUCUUUUUCCCUUGAUAGAGGACGGUUGUGUGGGUAAACUAAGAAUUAUCAUGCAUUCCAAAUAAAUCUUUGACUUGUUUAUUCAAAGGAAUUUUGUGUUCAGCUUGUCUCACUUCUAUUCUACAGCAUCAAAAAACAUGAAUGAAUAAGAGAGAUUAAAGUUUAAGAUAUUAAAAUGACUUCGCACUUUCUCUUCAUUUUCAAAGGAUUAUUUCGUGUGGUCCCAUUACCGAAAGCUUCCCCCAGUUAAUUCUAAAGGGACAGAAUCCUCCACUAGCUCUGAGCUCCUUAAAAAAGUGUGCCAGGACAAGACUCGGUCGACUUAUCAACAGGAUUAUGUCCCUCAUAUUCAAGGUAGGAUUGAAGUUCCUUUAAAGUGAGUACGAUCAAAAGGAGCCAAUCGAAUGCUUUUCUCUGAGCAGUGACAGACACCAUUUCACUUUACAGUUUAAAUAUUUUUUUUUAAUCAAAUUCAUUUAUUUAUCUAUUUUUUUUUUUAAUUUUUAGAUCUUCCCUCUACAAACAAUGGCUCUGAAGGCCAAGGAUUAGAUCAAGAGAGAUAACACGCUGAAAAGUUUUGAUCGCCAUGAAAUGAAGAAAUAUUCAUUUGAAAAUGCAAAUAUUAUGGUAAAAGAGAAAUAUGUAACUUUAAUAAAAGAAAAAAAUUGACAUGCCUCUGUCCUUUCCCUCUCACUUUUGCUGAAACUCCGUUAAGUCAACGGAGUUUCAGUAAAACUGAGACUAACACGUCUUUCUGUAAUCAGAAUGCCCGACUCAACUGUGUACUGAAACAAAAGAAACACUAACGUGCAUUUGAAACGGUUCUUUUACAGGCAACACACCAUACUUAUAUUUUGGUAAACAGUUGUAUCAGACUCUCUUUUUUUAACUCUUUUUCGUUUUGCCAACAAAUACAUCUUUUUAUCCACCAUCAAACACGAUAUUGGUAGUUUUCAAUGCGUUCAAGCCGGAGCCUUGACGUGUUUUACCGUAGAUUCCAAUUGGUGAUCAAAACACAAAUUGCACAGGGUCAUGACUCACCUUUCAUGUUGAGUCAUUGUUCAAAAAGGAUCAUUUUCAGUAACAGCUUUGUUAUGAAUUACUUUUGAGUAUGAAUCAUCAUAUUUGUAUUUGUUCAAGUCUUUAAACAAUGACGUAAAACAGAGCUGUCAAGGACGAUAAUAGAGCCUUUUGUCUCUUCAGUUGAAUAUGAAAUAAAGCAAACGAACUUACAAAUAUUUGUGGCUGUUUGUUUGACUGUUUCCUCUUGGGAAUUUGUAAAAAUGGGGUCUUACAAACUAAUUAAGUGAGUGUUAUUACUCUGAAAGUAAAUACGGCGAUAUCUGAUACCGCUUGAUGCGCUUAUAACUCAAGUUUAUGUAGAUAACACAUAAUUACAUUUUUGUAUAGGGAACUGAUAGUCGCACAAAAAAGAUAAUUCAAACAUUGUGAUAGCUUUGUUGAUGAUCUUCUGAUUAACUGUUUGAUUUCGUGGCAGCGAGUACACUCUUGAAACAAUGAAUGGUCAUCUUUGUGGAGCUGUGCAGCCAAUCACAGUUAUGCAGUUAUCAGGGGAAUACAUUCAGUUGUGGAAACCGUGGAAACACAUCAUUGCUAAACUGCAAUUUUGCGCUUGAAAACAUUUUCCAUUUGAAUCUUUCUUUCAUGGUAAGUUACGGGAAGUUGUUCGUUCUUCUUUUUCAAGAGAUCUGACAUCCAAAUAGUAGCCUUUAUCAUGGUGCGAUUCUGUUGAAAUUGUUUGAUUUAUAUAACCACGUCUAUUAAACAAAAGAAGAAGUAGUGUACAUUAUAUCUGAGUUUCUCUAAACACUGCAUUAGUGCUGUUUUUCGCUUAGGAGUUUUCUGUCUAUUGUUUUCAUGAUAGAUUGAAUCACUCGUGUACUUGAAACGAAGAUUUCAUUGCAAAAUCAGUUUUUUUUAAAUGCUUCACAUGCAGAGGUCACUAAAGUGGUUGAAAAGUAUGCAUGAGGAAUCAUAACAUUUUAUGCAAUAACGUUAGACGCGAAACGAAGAUCUUUUAUAUUUUUUAUGGCAGAUCCGUUUUUCUUAGUAAUUAGUCAGCCAGUACAAAUGAGACUAAUUAAUUAAAUGUUUACUGACUAAUUUUUAUGCAGGAACGACGAGAUCGUCAUGAGAAGUAGUUAAAUUUUUGACAAAGUGAUCUGGAUUGGCUUGCAUUCAGUUGUCAACUGCCAUGCCAUACCAAGGCGGGAGAUAUCUACCUCCCAUAGGUAAAUAAAUCUCAUUAUUUACUUACUUUUGUUCGUUGUUUUUAGAGAAGUGUCGUGGGUAAAGAUGCUCGCGAAGGGUUACCUUGCAGGCAACAUUUUGAUCAUGCUUUUCCAGACUGGUGCAUGAAAGAAGUGCAAUGAAAGCUCGAUAAAUCUUUCUGUGAAUCUUCACUAACAACUACGAACAUUUAAACAUUUGGGUAGAGCAUUUGUUUCAUCUCUCUCUCCUUCUUUCUCUGUGUCUCUUAGCCCUACUUUUCUGUACCUUAUCAUUUUUUAGCAACUCCAAUUCAGACAACAUAUCAGAAGGACUACGUCAGUCAGUCAGUGGAGCCCCCAAAAUCCUUUAAAUUCAGAUCUAUCAGCAACUUACGUGAGUAUAACCGGAUACGCUUUAUUUUUGAAAAAAAACAAUUUUUUAUGAAGUUAUUUUUUUGGAAGGAAGAGUGAGAUAUAGUUUCAAAAUUCAAACAAAAAGGCUACAUCAGUCGUUUGUUAUAAGUCAUAGCUUGUUAUAGCUGUACCAUUAACUUUUUACGAGCUCAACGGAAACUGUCAACGUUACUGAAUUAAAAUGUAUUCAUUUGUUUUUCAGCUCCGAUUAACUAUUCAAAUUAUCGUAAUGUAAGCAAAUCAACCAAGUACAGGGACGAGUACCAAGGAACUUUUGGGCCAGCAGCUCCGAGCGCCAAGUAAUUUUCAUAACAAAUUUUAUGGCAUUCAUCUUUAUCUCUUAAUCUCAUUUACUUGCAUUGGCUGUCGCUUUCUAUUUGUCUGAAAUGGCCGGUCAGUGCCUGAACCAACUGUUGUAAGAUUAUCAAACAAAGAAUGAGUACUUGAAUACUGAUACUGAUACUUCUUCUUCUUUUGUCCUUUCCUGGUCUUUUAUUUUUUUUGUCUGUUGCCAUUUUAUUGCAACAUUUGAGAGAUAAUUUCUUAUUCUCCAUUUUGGAAAAAAAGUUGUGGUUUAAACAUUCUGAUUUUUUUCUCCUCCCCAGGCCACCCCCAUACGACUACCCUUCAGAGGACCCUAUUGGGGUAUCGACUUACAAGGCGAAUUUUAGAGAGACCAACUUUCCAAGACAAGGUCCUCACCCCACUUCACCACUGCGGAAAAACAAUCCACACCCAAAAACCAUGACCAAUGCGUUUAAUUACCCGAACAGGGUAAGU